CCACAAAGCUGCUUCAACAUGAGUGCCAGGAAGGUCCGCAAAGGAGCCAGGCUGCCCGGAGGGCCCCAGGUGAAGCGACUGAACGUUCUGCCUGCAGAGGACAUGGACUCUCCCAACUGGUCUUCUGUUGACAAAUCGAGUUUCCUGCAAGGCCUCCAGCCUCUGAAGGGAAACCCUCCUCUGCACAGCACCGCCAUGGACGAGGAUUUGAACGUCCCAGAGGAGCAGGACGAAGGAAGGUCUGGAAAACACGACACUCAGAAGAAAACCGCCGAGCAGCAGCGCAGUGCUGCUGUGAAGAGGAAGGAGAAAGGAGGAGCACAGGGGGAGAACGAGCCGCACGGGAAGAAGCAGAAACGGCGCGACGAGGAGGUCAAAGCCAGUCCCAGGAGGGCUGCAGGGACGAGGAGGAGCGUUCGGCCUGCAGCAGCAGCAGGCAGACGCCUGGUGGGGAAGAAACCUGCAGGGAGGAGGAGUACGGGACAGACGUCUGCAGCGAGGUCGGUGAAAUCAGCAAGUAGAAACUCCAAAAACAAUCCGUCUCAGGAGCAGAGAGACUCUGAUCAGAGGAGCCGGAGGGAAGAGGCGGCGCCGCCCUCCGAUGAGGAGGAGAGCCUGGACGCCAGCUGGAAACCAAGUCCGAAGAAAACCAGCCAGAGGUUACAGAGGAAGUCCUCGACAGAAGACGGUGGGUCUUCAGAGGAAGAAGCCGCGGAGCCUCAGGCCCGGUGGAGCAGACCUGCAGCUCGAGAACAAACCCAGUUCGACGUGGUUCUCGAUGCCUUCCUGCAGUUUUGUGACAAAUACCGAGAGUCGGUGGAGUCUCCACAGGACCAGCACUUCAUUUCUACUUUCUCCAAAAACGUCACGGCCCAGCUGCAAGAAAAGAUUUCUUCUUCAAGGGAGUUCAAAGUUCUGAAAAGAGAAAACACCAAGAUGUCUUCUUUAAUCCGCACAAAGACUCAGAAACUGCUGGAUCGAAAACAGGAGGCAUUGAGGACGGAGACGGAGGUCGCCCGGCUGCAGGCGGAGAAAGCUCAGCUGCAGCACAGACUGGCCCUCCUGCGGCGAGGACGCUCCUUCCUCCACGGCCUCCGGGAGCUCAGCCGGCAGUACCUGGACCGCCGGCGGCAGCACCCUGACCAGAGGGAGACGUACGGAGCGUCCAGCCUGCCGGCCCUGCUGCUGGAGACCCGGCUGCUCAGAGCAGGCCGGGCCCCGGGACAGGAGGACGGCGCCGCCGGGAGGUGAAGCAACACAGAGGGAAAACACCUUUUAAUCACUUAAUAAAGCUUCUCUGUUCCAACGCUG